AUGUUCCCCAAGGGCCACACCCCCCAGGGCCACACCCCUCAGGGCCACACCCCUCAGGGCCACCCCCCCCAGGGCCACACCCCUCAGGGCCACACCCCUCAGGGCCACACCCCUCGGGGCCACGAUGACCACAGGCCCGAUGACGUGCCAGUGGUGCAACAGAGACGACUGGACCUUCUGACCAUCACCAACCCUGUGAGUCCGGAGAGAGAGAAGAGGCUGGUGUUUCUCACAGCUCGUGUUCACCCCGGGGAGUCUCCUUCAUCCUUCGUCUGCCAAGGUGUGAUUGACUUCCUGGUGAGCCAGCACCCAGUGGCCCAGGUCCUGAGAGAUCAUGUGAUCUUUAAGAUCGUCCCCAUGCUCAACCCAGAUGGCGUCUACCUUGGUAACUACAGGUGUUCUCUGAUGGGCUUCGACUUGAACCGUCACUGGCAGGACCCCUCUCCCUGGGCCCACCCCACCCUCCACGCUGUCAAACAGCUCAUCGUCCAGAUGAGUCAGGACCCGGUGAGUGUGGAUGCCAGCUCCGUGCCCUGGAGCCUGGCCCUCUGCCCUCCUCACACUGGGCACCAAGCUAAUGAGUCCAACACGUCGUUUAACCGGGACGUGGUGAAGGCCGGUACAGGCAGGCGUUUCCUGGGAGGUCUCCUUGACGACACGUCGUACUGCUACACCCUGGAGGUGUCCUUCUACAGCUACAUGACUGCCAGCAGCACCACCCCCGUACCCUACACCGAGGAAACAUACAUGAGGCUGGGUAGGAACGUGGCUCGCACCUUCCUGGAUUACUACAAACUCAACAACGUCAUCAAAGACCACGUCCCCACACACAUACACAGCUCAGAAGCUUCGCCCCCAGCCCACGGUUGGCAAGGCAACGGGAGGAACCAAGGGAUGGAGAGAGGAGAAAGUGAGAAGGAGAGGAAGAAUCAAGGAGUUAAAGGAGACUUCUAGACCUUCUAGCUGCCUGGCACACAGCUGCUAUGAGCCUGUUGUGUCUGUCUAAGACUCCUAUCAUCUCCUCUACUCACCUUAAGACCCCUUUCACACGCACAUACACACACGCACACACCCGCAUGAGGUUGGGGAUUAGAAGAGUCAGGAAGAGAGGACGGAAUUGGUAGGAAACAAGGGUGCGUGUUUGAGGUUCAUGCUGAUAGGACAAGGACUCCAUGUAUGCACUCUUUAACACGCACGGCCGUUAUCAGCAGAGCAGCGUGCAGCUUCGCUCUCACAGACUGAGCACGUUCAGAUAGCGUCCCGAAAGACUGGAAGGGUGGACUUGACGCCUGACUCGAAUUAAAUGUUUGAAGUAGAUCGAGUGUGACACAUCUACAAACUCCAUGAGGCCUUUAAAUGAAAAGCUCAUUUAAAUUAGAUUUCACCACAUGCUUCCACAUUUCCGAAUGUGCGUGGAAGAUUAUUUUUGUUUCGUGAAUGCAUUUUCCUUUCAGUUUUUCAGUAGUGCACUGUAGCCUGUGUUUAUUUUGCCUUGGUCAUAUGCCUAUGUAUUACUUGAGUCACUUAAAUCAUAAAGGUUUGUGAUAAUGGUGCUUUGUUCAUUUCAAUGUCAAUGCACCGUUUAUGGUGUGGAUAUGGAUAUGGAGCCGUGAAUAAAAUAUGUAACCACAUCAUCUGCGUGAAGUUG